ACAGCUGAUGAUUGCCAGUUUGAAAAUCGGUGUUAUGUGAAUGAGUUUCAAAAUGAAGAUAAUUAGCACGUUUAUAAUUAUUUGUCUGCUAGUUACAUGCUUAUAUUUUGUCGGCCUGACUAAAUUCCUUACCGAUUAUGCGGUGAAACAGUGCGAAAUGACUUAUAUGUUCGAAUAUCCACAAUUUGUUAGAAUCGCACAAGACAUCGACAAACGAUAUCCCAAAUAUGAACUGUAUGCAUACAGUGAAGGUAGAUUCACUGAAAAGGCCAGAAAUAUGGAUUUCAAAGGCAUUCCUGUUUUAUUCAUACCAGGAAACAGAGGAUCUUUCAAACAAGUAAGAUCUUUGUCAUCUGUGGCACUGAGGAAAGCUCUCAACUCUCGUACCCCCUUUCAUUUUAAUUAUUUCACCGUUAAUUUGAAUGACGAAUUUAGCGGAUUAAGUGGAGUAGUUUUAAAAGACCAGUUGGAUUAUGUGAAUCAUUCAAUUUACAGGGUUUUAGAUUUGUAUGAGGACAAAAAAAAACCGAAGUCGGUCAUUCUAAUUGGACAUUCAAUGGGUGGGGUAAUUGCCCACAGUAUCGUGUCGUCAUUGCCUGAAGAUUCGGACUUGGUGCCUAUAUUUAUUGCUUUGGCAGCACCAUUAAAACGUCCUCCUCUCGUUUUAGACUACCACUUGGAAGCCUUUUACAAAAAUAUCAAACCGACAAUACCGAAACAAACAACCAUUGUGAGUUUGGCUGGAGGACACAGCGACUUUUUAAUUCCCUCUGGACUUACAAAUAUGACCGGUGAAAACAUCAUUCAAGUGGUGACGACCAACGUACCGAAGUCAUGGGUGGAAACUAACCACGUUGAGAUUCUGUGGUGCAAACAGAUAAUUUUGGCAAUAAAUCGUGCGCUAUUUGAUUGUGUCGAUAUGCGAUCGAAGCAAAUUACGGAAAAUGUGGAAUAUAGAUUGCACGUUUUUAAGCAUCAUUUGGUGAACAAUAGCGGAAUAAAUAUUAAAAAGCUAGAAUCUUAUGAUGACUUGACGGCCUUAAGUGCUCAGGGCUCAUGGACUGAAGUUACCAACAAACAGUUCACAAUUAGUUUGUUACAAGGAGUAAAACAACCAACAUGGUACAUGGUACCCCUAACUGAUAAAUUGUUGAGUAUAUUGGCGGUUAAUUUAGAAGUAACCAAUUGGAUAUUUGCCUGCAAAGCAGUUGAAAGGGGUUCACAAAAGAUAUGUACGCAAGGCAUGCCUUUGUCGCAAAAUUCUCGAAUAGCCGCAACAGUGAGGUAUAAGAGACGCACCAUAGUGGUCGACAUGGAAGAUCUGAGAGUUGCUCAUUCUGAUUUUACACAUAUCGCAAUCAGUGUACUUCCCACCGAUGAACCGGUGGUCUUGCACAUAGACACUUAUGGUAAAUCCGCAAGAACCGUAUCCAUCGAAGUUCCGAAGCUAUGGAAUUUUAAACGGCAACCAAUUAUAACCAGAACCAACACACAGGCCUUAACUUACAAUUUACGUCUGAACGAACUUCAACAUGUCAUGCAAUCGUAUAAUCUCCACGUAGAUCCGUUGAAAUGUCAGAGCAAAGAGCACCACGCCAGUGCUCAAUUGAGUGUUCCCUGGGCCAACGAAAAUGUGUACCAGUAUUUUACAGAAUCAAAAGACGACGUGCUACAUAUCAGAUUAGAAAACUCUAGGCCUAUCAACUUGGGAAGUGCAGCCGAAGUCACUCUUACCUUGGAUCCGUCCUGCGAAUACAAAAUUAGUAUAAGUACUUCGUUAAUAGGGACUCUGGGACAAUUAGCCAGGCACUACAGCGUGUUGUUGUUUACGAACGUGGCGGCGGUUACUUUGAUGACAUUCAGAGCUCAGUUACAGGGUUAUAAUGAAAAGGGUUUUCCGCUGUUCUUUAUCGCGAUGACGGAAGGUCUGAAACCCUAUUACGUUAUCACGUCAGCCAAAUUGCUAUCUAAGUUUUUGAGCUUUCCCAUUUUUGCUAAAUAUUUGCCAGCACCAGACUGGAACAUACUAAGAGACGACAAUUUGGAAUUUUUAUUGCUGCCUCUUUUGUUAUACAUGUGCAGUGUAGGAAUUGUAUGGAUUCUGGCCAUCGCAUUCAGCAUUUCCGUUGUUAUGCUAGAAUCAAGUGUAAACAAAAUUACCUUAAAGUUUUUGGCAAAAACGGUUCGUUUUCCUGUCACAUGGACAGAAUAUUUAUUAUCGGCCUUUCAUAAAUUACCAUUUGCCGUUGCUUGCAUCCUCGUCUUCGUAGCUAUCAGAGCGUGUGGUGCUUUGGCUCUCUGUCUCGGCACUAUUUUCUAUUUCCUGAAAUUGACGCAAAUGUCGCAGGACUUUAUAGAGGAUGCACUUUGGUAUUUCGUAAAGAAAUUCGCCAAACGAAUCAAAGAAGCAAUCGCCAAUAAAUUUAAAAAGAAGCAAUCGAAGCCAGACGUUAAAGCACUUGAAGAUUCUAAAAAAGAUAUUAAAGCCAUUGAAGAUUCGCAAGAACAUAAAGAUAAAGAAAUUAACGGUUCCGUUGUGACGGAAACGAACAACGUAACCGAUGUUAAAACUAAAAUAAAUGAAGAAAAGCAAGAAGAAACUGAAACGAAGAUAAACGAGCAAGCAGAUAAUGAGAAUAAUGUAAAUAAAGAAAGUGAGGAGCGGGAAUUGGAUAAUGAACUUGUUGCAUCCUCGGCUCAGAUUCAAGAGGUUCGAGAUGAGACAACACCAAAUACGGAAGAAGCAAUACAACAAGUACCUGAGCGCUUUACGGCGCAUAACUCGAUAUUUUUCCACAGCAGCAUUUUUUUCAUUUGGACACUGGUUACGAUUAUAAAUCUACCGACUGUAUUAAUUUGGGCCCACAAUUCUAAGCAUAGUAGUUUCUUAAGUCCAGAUCCUUCAUUUAUCCCGGGACUAGUAUUAAGUCUUUGUGCAUUUCCUCUUUGGCAAAUGGAGUUUCCCAAUAGAAAGAAAUGGACUAAGGAACUUGGAGACUUGAUAAUGGCUAUUGUUGUUGUGGCUUUGAUCUACGCCCCCAUUACAAUAUACAGAUUAAGUUAUUUGUUAACUAUACUUAUGAUUGUUGUUGUAUUACAUCAAUUACUCGCCCCAAGCGAUGGAAAUGAUGACGAGUGCGACCAACGAAAGAACAACAUUGAAGAGCGUUACGAAAAAGUGAAAGCGAAAUUAGAUUAAGUACCUGUUUUUUAUUUAAAACACCAAAAACACAUGUUGUAAAUGUGUAAUUUUAUUUUACUGUGAUAAGACGAUAGUCGAAAAGUCAAUCAUUUAUUUUAUUAAUUUGUCUAGAAUCACUUUUGAGAUUAUAUGAUUUAAUUUGAUUUCAUUUAAUAUUAAUACAAUAUUUGUAAUAUUAGUUACCUAAUUAAUACUCUUAGUAAAAGCACAAUAAAUUAAAAUACAAACCACCAUA